CUUCUCUAAUUUCACGAUCGCGUUGAAGUAGUUGAACUCGCCUCAUGAUCAAAAAAAAAAAAAAAAACAGAAGUUGAACACGCCUCCCCCCUUGGCUCGUCGCCGACGCCUCCACCACCCUCGCGUUUCCCACCCGAUUCCACCCCGAAACCCCUCAAAUCGAGCGCGAAUUCCUCUCCAAUAGCUGCGGCUCCAGCCUCCGGUGGAUUCUGGUCUCGCCGGAUUCGAGCUCUGGUCGGCGGAGAGCACCGGAUCCGGAGGUCACGCGGGCAAUUGGUGUGCCCCGGAAGAACAAGAACCGGGAGACCAUGCAGUACCAACCCCUCGACAGCAGCGGCACUGAUGACGACCUUCCUCCGACAUACCAACCUAGAGGACCAAGAGUGAUUUUCAAUGGAAAUGGAUCACUUCCUCAACCAAACCUACACAGCAACGUGGACAGAGAAAUACGUCAGAUCGAGCAACAAGCGUACACUGGUGUUCUCAGAGCAUUUAAAGUGCAGUCUGAUGCUAUAACUUGGGAGAAAGAAAGUCUAAUAACUGAACUGAGGAAAGAAUUGCAAAUUUCUGAUAAGGAACACCGAGUGCUCUUAAAAGGGGUUACUGAAGAGGAGGCUGUCUGUAGAAUAAGGCAAUCAAGACAGACAGGUGGAACACAGUCCAGCUCUCACCAUAGCAGUGUAGUUCAUACUCCGGUACCUGCAAAGAGGCAGAAGAAAUCCCAUUCAGUCCCUGUGACCCCCCAGGCCCCUGUCAUUACUAUGCAUGCAGUGGUGGGCAAGAAGGGUGGUCGGCAGGCAUCUGAUCGUGUAUUGAAGCGGCUUCCUAGCAAUAAUAGUCCUAUGUUGGGUUCAAGCAGGAGAAGAGGAAGGCUACACCCAAAUGAACUGAUAAAGGGAUAUUCUCCAUUAGAUGGGUUUGGCAUACCUAAUACCGGCAAUGUUGUAAUGGAGGUUGAGAAGGUAUUAUCCAAUCCAAAUAUGCUUGAAAUUGAGAAGGCAAUGAAACUUCUUAGAGAUCAGGAGCAAUCAUUGCUUGAUGCAAUUGCAAGACUUGACGAAGCAUCUGAUGGUGAAAAUGAAGAUAUUGUGCUCGUUGCAAGCCAACUAGGUACUACCGUUGCAUGACAUCGGUGGUCAUGGCAUCACUUGCUGGUGACGUCUUGAGCUUUAGAACUGCAGGCACUAACUGGAUACCCACUUCAGACGGUGGGUGAAGAUGGAAACUCAUGUGAAGAAUGCAAGGUCGGCCAGAUAUAUUGGUCGACAUGAAUUGUGAAUUUGUGGUUGGAAUAUAUAUUGUUAGAGAUCUCCAUAUCUUGUAUUGUUGCAAUGGUAUUUUCUUUGCAAAUGUAGAGAUAACUGCCCUAAAAAUAGAGCGUAGAUGAAACCCCCUUUCUCCUUCAGAAAUGGGGACAUAAAUUAGUAGGUUGUAAAUUAUUUGCUUCUGUGCCAUCCGUGCCUGCAAAGAAAUUGCGGCACUGUACAGUAUGCAGCGCGCUAUCCUGUAUCAAGAAAAUUAUUUUAUGAAUCCUGUGACUAAUAUGAAUCUGUGUAAAAAGGUUUGGAGAAACUCAUUUGCAA